AUGGCUGCCGUCGCUGCGUGGUUGCCGUUCGCGCGCGCCGCCGCCAUCGGCUGGGUGCCCAUCACACAGAACACCUACCCGCCCGCACCUGUCACCAAGGAGGACCGUCGCAACGACAAGAAGAUCGGGAUCAACGUUAGCGGACGCGUCUUCGAGACGUGGCGCAGUACGCUGGAGAAGUUCCCGGACACCUUGCUCGGCUCCAACGAGAAGGAGUUCUUCUACGACGAGGAAACGAAGGAGUACUUCUUCGACCGCGACUCGGAAAUCUUCCGGCACGUGCUCACCUACUACCGCACGGGCAAGCUGCACUACCCGCGCUUCGAGUGCGUGCAGGCGUUCGACGAGGAGCUCGCCUUCUUCGGCAUCAUUCCGGACAUCAUCAGCGACUGCUGCUUCGAGGACUACCGCGACAAGAAGCGCGAGAACAGUGAGCGACUGAUGGACGAUACGGCGACGGAGAACGAGAAGACCUGUCCGCCGGACCUCGUGCUGCGUGAGCGCAUGUGGCGCGCAUUCGAGAUGCCCAACACGAGCACGGCAGCGCUCGUCUUCUACUACGUCACCGGGUUCUUCAUCGCUAUCUCGGUGCUCGCCAACGUCGCCGACACGAUCCCAUGCGGCGAGGACCCGCGCACGAAGCUGAACAUCAACUGCGGGGAGCGCUACAAGAGCAUUUUCUUCUGCACGGACACGGCAUGCGUCAUCAUCUUCACCGCCGAGUACAUGAUGCGGUUGUACGCGGCGCCCGAUAGGUGUCGCUUCAUGCGCAGCGUCAUGAGCGUCAUCGACGUCGUCGCCAUCUUGCCGUACUACAUCGGGCUCGGCCUCACCGACGACAACGACGACCUGAGCGGGGCGUUCGUCACGCUGCGUGUGUUCCGCGUGUUCCGUAUCUUCAAGUUCUCGAGACAUUCUCAGGGCCUGCGCAUACUCGGCUACACGCUGAAGAGCUGCGCCAGCGAGCUGGGCUUCCUGCUCUUCUCGCUGUCGAUGGCCAUCAUCAUCUUCGCGACGGUGAUGUACUAUGCGGAGAAGAACGUCAUUGGCACGACCUUCACCAGUAUUCCAGCCUCGUUUUGGUACACGAUCGUCACCAUGACAACGCUCGGGUAG